AUGUCAGGAGGCAAGGAGAAGGAGGCAAGGAGAAGGAGGCAAGGAGAAGGAGGCAAGGAGAAGGAGGCAAGGAGAAGGAGGCAAGGAGAAGGAGGCAAGGAGAAGGAGGCAAGGAGAAGGAGGCAAGGAGAAGGAGGCAAGGAGAAGGAGGCAAGGAGAAGGAGGCAAGGAGAAGGAGGCAAGGAGAAGGAGGCAAGGAGAAGGAGGCAAGGAGAAGGAGGCAAGGAGAAGGAGGCAAGGAGAAGGAGGCAAGGAGAAGGAGGCAAGGAGAAGGAGGCAAGGAGAAGGAGGCAAGGAGAAGGAGGCAAGGAGAAGGAGGCAAGGAGAAGGAGGCAAGGAGAAGGAGGCAAGGAGAAGGAGGCAAGGAGAAGGAGGCAAGGAGAAGGAGGCAAGGAGAAGGAGGCAAGGAGAAGGAGGCAAGGAGAAGGAGGCAAGGAGAAGGAGGCAAGGAGAAGGAGGCAAGGAGAAGGAGGCAAGGAGAAGGAGGCAAGGAGAAGGAGGCAAGGAGAAGGAGGCAAGGAGAAGGAGGCAAGGAGAAGAAGGCAAGGAGAAGAAGGCAAGGAGAAGAAGGCAAGGAGAAGAAGGCAAGGAGAAGAAGGCAAGGCGAAGAAGGCAAGGCGAAGAAGGCAAGGCGAAGAAGGCAAGGCGAAGAAGGCAAGGCGAAGAAGGCAAGGCGAAGAAGGCAAGGCGAAGAAGGCAAGGCGAAGAAGGCAAGGCGAAGAAGGCAAGGCGAAGAAGGCAAGGCGAAGAAGGCAAGGCGAAGAAGGCAAGGCGAAGAAGGCAAGGCGAAGAAGGCAAGGCGAAGAAGGCAAGGCGAAGAAGGCAAGGCGAAGAAGGCAAGGCGAAGAAGGCAAGGCGAAGAAGGCAAGGCGAAGAAGGCAAGGCGAAGAAGGCAAGGCGAAGAAGGCAAGGCGAAGAAGGCAAGGCGAAGAAGGCAAGGCGAAGAAGGCAAGGCGAAGAAGGCAAGGCGAAGAAGGCAAGGCGAAGAAGGCAAGGCGAAGAAGGCAAGGCGAAGAAGGCAAGGCGAAGAAGGCAAGGCGAAGAAGGCAAGGCGAAGAAGGCAAGGCGAAGAAGGCAAGGCGAAGAAGGCAAGGCGAAGAAGGCAAGGCGAAGAAGGCAAGGCGAAGAAGGCAAGGCGAAGAAGGCAAGGCGAAGAAGGCAAGGCGAAGAAGGCAAGGCGAAGAAGGCAAGGCGAAGAAGGCAAGGCGAAGAAGGCAAGGCGAAGAAGGCAAGGCGAAGAAGGAGGAGGAGGAGGAGGAGGAGGAGGAGGAGGAGGAGGAGGAGGAGGUGGUGGUGGUGUGGAGCAGCCCACACUGGAGGCAUGUGGAACAAUUCUUAACCUUAAUGUGA